AUGAAUAUACCAUUUGUAAAAUUAUACGAUUGUCCCCUCGAAUACGAAUUUCAAUGUGAUUUAGCUAGAAAAUUAGUCUAUCUAGAAUUGAUCGCAAUUGAUAUUCAAUUCGCACUUUAUGCAAUCACAAUUUAUGUUGCAAUUGGUUCGCCAUUUCAUUUUAAUUUGAAAUUUAUUGGGGUAUACAUUUUGUCCGGUUAUUUCACUUUUCUUGGUGGUAGAUUAAUUAUUGGUUUACAUGAAGUUGGUGUAUUUUCAAUAAAUGGGGGAUCACCUGAAAAUACACCUCUUUUGGUGAUUUCAAGUUGUUUACAAUAUUUCUUUAUGGCUUGUGCAUGUUCAAUGUGAGUUUCGCUUAUUUUUUUAAUUAGAAAAAGGCGUGUUGUCUAGCCGAGGUUUGGUCUGAAUUCUGUUCAAAAAACGGAUCCCCUCAAAACCAUAACCUGACACUAACAUAAGAUUACUGUAUUUAGUGGUCUUGCUUUGUCUGUCGAGAGAUUCGUAGCCACAGUUCAUGUGGAUAAUUAUGAGUACAACAAACGAAAAUGGGUAUCAUUUCUUAUGUGUUUAGAAUUGUUAUUUGGAUCAACAAUAACAGCAAUCAUCCUACUUUUCGGUAAAUAUUUCUUUUCUCCAGAAACAUCAAGUCUUUUUCUCAGAUCUGGUUGUAAUUUAUAUUAUGAUAAUUAUUGGGCAAUUGAUCAACGGAAUAUCAUUCAUAAUUUAUCUCGCCUUAUUUUACAUAAAUAAAAAACGAUCGGAAUUUGCAAUGAUGAAUCACAAAAAAUAUUCAUUAAGUUUUCGAUUUCAACUCAAUGAGAAUUUGCAAGUUAUGACUGUUGGUUUGAUUUUAAAAAAUUAUUUUUAAUAGAUCUAUCAAUUCUGAACAACACCAAACAACAUUCAAUUACAGCUUUUUCGCAAUAUCGUUUUGCUCACUGGUUUUUUGAACCUAAUUUUUGGAGGUGUUAUGAUUGGACAAUAUAUGGAGCAACAUGGGGAAUCAAGAUUUCUCCGUCUACUUUAUUUCCAUCUAGCAUUCAAUUUUCUGAGUAUUGUGUUAGUUUGAUAAGUUAUAUCUACAUAGAUAAUUUCCCACUGUGUUUUUUUCCAGAUAUUCAGCCCUUACUCUGAUUCUCCUUUUAUUAAGUGUCAAACUAUAUCGUCAAUAUUUUUUCAAGAUUCCAAUCGUCUGUUAGUUUUUUUUCUCUUCGCAUCUGAUUCAGACCUCAAACAUUGAAUUUCAGAUGCGAUAGUUUAUCCAAUUUUCGGUCGCUGUUAUGAAUCAGAAUUCAGAGCAACGCGAGUUCAAAAACUCACAACAUCUGCAGAAACUGAAACUUAUUUCACAAAUCUAGCUGCACAGUGGGACAAUAGAUAUCAAAAAGUUUUAUGA